AUGUCCGUCUCUACUCCUCUCAGCCAUCAUGCACCCGUCCCGCAGCCAUCAAAGUCUUCACUCCAACUAGCGGGGACGAUCACACCAUCUAUAGGGCCAAUACGGCGUUCAACACGCAGCAGACCGGCGUCACAUGCUGUAUCCCCAGCGCCACAGGGAACACCGACGCGCUACCAGCCGUAUGCGAGGACGGCGAGCGCACAUUCUGCUUCAGCUACACCUGUAGCAAUUGCCCCUGCACAGCAGUCAGGCGCAGCCCAGUACACCCAGCCUACGGCCCAAACGCUCCCUCCCCUUCCUGGCCCGAACCCGCGUAUUCCUCGCCCACAAAAACAGGCGCUACAAACUACAUUCCCGUCGCGCCUCCGAACUGGUAGUACACUGCUCGUCCAGCCUUUGCAUCUCGCACCUCCUGCUCCUACAACUAGUGGCACCAACACCUUCGUUGCUGUACCUGCCGAUGGAGGCAGGAGCAGGCGAGGCAAAGCGAUCAACUACGCCGAGCUUGAUUCCUUUAGCGAGUCAGACGAGGAAGAGGAAGAGCCAGAAGAAGAGGGGAGCGAGUAUGCCGGUGAAGGCGCGUCGGUGCCUGUUGCUGGCGGAGCGGGUGCAAAGACUGCUGCGAAGAAAGAGUCGACUGAACUAGAUCGGACGUGGCUAGGCGAGCCUCCGCCGAAAAAGUACAUCUCCAAAACUCCCGUGUCCCUCAUGCCUGUUCCUCAUAUAACACAAGAGGCGAUAGACAAAAACUCCUCCACGCGCGAAUGCCUCAUCCCCAUCCGCGUCGAGUUCGAUACCACCACCCACCGCAUUAGGGACUGUUUCCUCUGGAAUCUGUACGAAUCGCAUCUCCAGCCAGAAGCCUUCGCCCACCAGUUCCUGUCCGAAAUCGACGUGCCCCUUAGCUAUGCUGAUCAGGUGGUCGCAAUGAUCCGCGCGCAGAUAGAGGACAACGAAGGGAUUGCCACGUUUGGCGAAGACGAGGUAGAGGAAGAUGACGAGGAAGGACCGGACUGCAGAGUGCUGUUGAACCUUGACGUGCAGAUCGCUGCGUACCAUUUGAUGGAUACGAUCGAGUACUCGCUCGAUCCCUCCAGCUCCGACGUCCUCUCCCCAUCCGCUCUAGCACACACGCUAGCCUCCGACCUCUCCCUUCCUACCUCAUCCACCCCUCUCAUAGCGCAUGCACUGACCGAAGAACUCCUAAGAAGGAAGAAGGACGCAAUAGAUUCGGGCGUCCUUGGUGGUGUGCCGCAAAGUAGGGCACGACCGAAAGAAGGAGUAGGGAUAUGGAGGGAGGUGCCCCCUCAUGGCUGGGUCAGCGGGGGUACGCCUAGGCUGGAAGUGCUGAGUGAGGAAGAGCUUGAGCGGAGGGAGGGAGAGAGGGAGAGAGCGAUCCGGAGGUUGCGGAGGGAGACGGCAAGGCAGUUACCGGUCAGGAGACGGAGGUAGCUUGUAUGGGGUUGCGGUACUGUACUGUAUCAUUUGGGUAAUAUCUGUGCGGCUCCCGAGAGCGUCAAUACUACGAGUGG